AUGAAUUGUGGGUUCUUUAUUAUGCGGAUGUUGAUCAGCAUGACCAAGAGCAUCUUGUGUGAAAGUGUCAGGGCCUGGACCUAUUUAAUUUCCGGUUCCUUUAAAUGUUGGUCCAUUCAAGUACAUAUACAACUACCACCUGCAAACGAUUGUUCUUCUUCAACCCAUCAUGUCGAUCCUAUGAAUGUCUUGAUCCCCGAGUCUUUGACUGAAUGGGCAAGUUCAAGGCGUACGCACCCCACUACAGCACCACCCGCGUUUCUUGAUACAACCACUUCUCGUGUACACUCCUCUACCAACACCAAGCGUAACAGCAUUCAUUCCAGUGGUUGCAAUCGGCAAAGUCUUUUGAGGAUGACCAAGGUUGCUAUCCACUCGAGCAGUUUUGGCUAUUUCCCUUCAAUGGAAUCAGGAUUUGCACAAGGAGUAUUAUGCUUCCAUUAUACGCCUGGAGAAAUAGAGUCAUCAUCUGAUUCAGAUGCUGAAUCCUCAAGCCAAUCUUCUUCACAAGCAACAACACGUGCCAUGACUGCACCACCACUUCGUCGCCAACGUAGUAUGCUUUCCCAAGCUAUGGCACCUUUACAAUGA